UUUGAGUUACAGUGAAGGAUGUCAUACAGAAAGCGAUGAAACAGUCUGUUGAAUGUGAAAGAACUGUUGAGGAGCUAAGGGCCAUAUUCAGACCUUUUGAUAUAAGGUACAAUCCAGAGAAAUACCAACUACAGUAUCCAAAAGGACUUUUACGUAAGGCAAGUGUUUUAAUACCGUUGUGUUUCAAAAAUGGAGAGUAUCAUUUGAUUCUAACGCUACGAUCUGAAAAUCUUACUCACCACGCAGGAUAUGUCGCUUUUCCUGGAGGCAUGCAAGAUGAGCACGAUAAGGAUGAGAUUGCUACUGCGCUAAGAGAAUCUGAAGAAGAAAUUGGACUCGAUCCUAAAGACGUUGAUAUUAUUGGUGUGUUUGCUCCUGGGAUUGUAAAACCAAAUUCGUUAGUUUAUCCAGUAAUUGGUCUUGUUUCAAGUGAUUUCAAACCUGUGAUCAAUGAAAAUGAAGUUUCAAUUGUGUUUGAAUUGCCGUUAAAAAGGUUUCUGUCUACAGAAAGGAGAAGGAUUUCUAACUUUCGGUCCCCUAUCAAUGCCACAUAUCAUGUUCAUCAUUUUAUCGACUAUGUGAAUGGAAAAGAGGUGGAUACAUGGGGAUUUACUGCAGCUUUUUGUGUUAUGACAGCAAUAGGAUUAUACCAGACGGACCAGUCAUUUUGUUUUUAUGAGCAGUUUAUUACAAAUAAGGACACAAUAUUUAAUUCUGUAAACACCUUGCAUGUUAUCCAACAAAUGUUGAAACUGGCGUCCAAAUUUUAAUCAGGGUUCUUGACUUUUACUUAGUCCACAUCAUUAAAACAAGGGUACCAGAGAUAUGGCUGAAAGUUUAAUUGAACCAACACCAAAUAACAGACAGUUAAAAGAAUUGUUUCGGCCAUUUGAUACACGCUUCAACAAAGAAAAAUUCCACCUAAAUAUUCCUGACGGCUUGAGUUUUAGAAAAGCAAGUGUUUUGAUACCAUUAUUUUAUAAAGAUGGUGAAAUUCAUGUGCUGUUGACAGUCAGGACUAAACACAUGCCGAGUCAUGCAGGACAUGUUGCAUUUCCUGGUGGAAUGGUCGAUCCUGGAGAUGCCGAUGCCAUAGCAACAGCUUUAAGAGAAGCAGAAGAAGAAGUUGGUAUACGUCCAAAAGAUGUUGAUAUUGUUGCUGUUCUGUCGCCAAAUAUCGUCAGACCAAAUUCAUUAGUAACACCUGUUGUUGGUAUCGUUUCCAGUGAUUUUAAACUUCAUAUAAAUCCCAGGGAAGUAGACAUGGUGUUCGAUUUGCCACUGAGCAGAUUUUUAAGUUUAGAUGGUAGGACUCAAGAAAACUUUAAGUUUGAUGAGAACUUGUUUUUCAGUGUGUAUCAUUUCCGAGAUACAGUAAAUGGUCGUGAGUUAGAUACUUGGGGUUUUAGUGCACUGCUUUGCAUCCAAGCAGCUAUGGUGGCAUUUCAGUCGGACCUGAAAAUAUGCUUCCAUAAAGACCUUAUAGUAACAAAGGAAAACUGUUUUACCCCAGAGUCAACACAAGAAAUAAUAGAAAGUUGGAAUGCUAAAUCAAAACUCUGAUUUAACGUAUUUCAUUUAUAUUCAAGGAAACUUUGUUAUUGUUGUAUUAUACAAACUUGCAGUUUUUCUGUAUUGUACCAUUAAAGGCUCAUAAUGCCUUUGAAUAUAUAAUGUGGCUGCCUCAUUUUUAGCUCACCUGUCACAAAGUGACAAGGUGAGCUUUUGUGAUCGCGCGGUGUCCGUCGUCCGUCCUUCGUGCGUGCGUGCGUCCGUAAACUUUUGCUUGUGACCACUUUAGAGGUCACAUUUUUCAUGGGAUCUUUACUAAAGUUGGUCAAAAUUUUCAUCUUGAUGAUAUCUAGGUCAAGUUGGAAAGUGGGUCACGUGCCAUCAAAAACUAGGUCAGUAGGUCAAAUAAUAGAAAAACCUUGUGACCUCUCUAGAGGCCAUAUUUUUAAUGGGAUCUGUAUGAAAGUUGGUCUGAAUGUUCAUCUUGAUGAUAUCUAGGUCAAGUUUGAAACUGGGUCACGUGCCACAAAAACUAGGUCAGUAGGUCAAAUAAUAGUAAAACCUUGUGACCUCUCUAAAGGCCAUAUUUUUCAAGGGAUCUGUAUGAAAGUUGGUCUGAAUGUUCAUCUUGAUGAUAUCUAGGUCAAGUUCGAAACAGGGUCAUGUGCGGUCAAAAACUAGGUCAGUAUGUCUAAAAAUAGAAAAACCUUGUGACCUCUCUAGAGGCCAUACUUGUUAAUGGAUCUCGAUAAAGAUUGGUCAGAAUGUUCAGCUUGAUGAUAUCUAGGUCAAGUUUGAAACUGGGUCACGUGCCAAAAAAAACUAGGUCAGUAGGGCAAAUAAUAAAAAAACCUUGUGACCUCUCUAGAGGCCAUACUUUUCAUGGGAUCUGUAUGAAAGUUGGUAUGAAUGUUCAUCUUGAUGAUAUCUAGGUCAAGUUUAAAACUGGGUCAACUGCGGUCAAAAACUAGGUCAGUAGGUCUUAAAUUAUUAAAAUCUUUUGACCUCUCUAGAGGCCAUAUUUUUCAAUAGAUCUUCAUGAAAAUUGAUCUGAAUGUUCAUCUUGAUGAUAUCUAGAUCAGUUUCAAAACUGGGUCACGUACGAUCAAAAACUAGGCCAGUAGGUAUAAAAAUAGAAAAACCUUGUGACCUCUCUAGAGACCAUAUUUUUCAAUGGAUCUUCAUGAAAAUUGGUCAGAAUUUUUAUCUUGAUAAUAUCUAGGUCAAGUUCAAAACUGGGUCACAUGAGCUCAAAAACUAGGUCACUAUGUCAAAUAAUAGAAAGAACGACAACCUACUCAAAACAGGGUCAUGUGGAAAGAGGUGAGCGAUUCAGGACCAUCAUGGUCCUCUUGUUUGUUGUAAACACGAAAUACAUUUCUUUUUAAAUCUUAUUUUCGAUAAUUGUUUCUCCAUAAAAUUGCCCAAGGUUUGAAUAUGGGUUAACACAGUAGAAAGUAUUACUCAAUCUGAUGUUUUGAUUACCUUCCUUUAUAGUUCUAACAGUAAACCUUCAUGUGUAA